GCGUUUAACCUGCGUCCUGGAUUUGACCUGCCUGUCUUCACUUCCCAUCGCUACCUUACCUUGCCUUAUCUAGGCAACACAUUUGGCAAACGAUGGGCUCAACUCGGUAGAGUCUCACAGCCUUUUUGGCUGUGCUAGAUCUUCUCCGAGUUGUCUGCUUGAGUCCCGGGUCAUCGUCGCUCAAUAUCACCAUGGCACCCAAGAAGAAGGCCCCCCACAAGUCUACGCAGAAUGGCACCGACAGCUUCCCGGGGCUCAAAGGCCCCGGAGAAACUGCACCCAAGACGCAUUACCAGGAGCUGCAGGAAAACGAGGUGAUGGUGCUGCAGGCCAUUUACGGUGACGAUUUUAAGCACCAGAGUGCUGCGCACAGCGCUUGGCAGAAAUCGGAGCCAUCUUUCGACAUCAGGAUCAGGGCUUCAUCAGACGGAGAUUUCGCUGUGACCUUGGGUGUCGUUCUGGUUGCGACCUACCCCAAGUCGCCUCCGCUCUUGACCAUCCGAGACGAUGGCGAUCUGCGGGAAUCGGUCAGAUUUAAGAUCCAGAAGUUCGUUGAGACGCAGCCGAAACUGUGGGCCCAGGAGGAACAGGAGAUGAUCGACCGCAUUGUCGAGGGCAUCCGCGAGAUCCUGGAAGCCGCCGCGGUGAAGAAGGCUCAGGGGCUUGAGCUUCCGUCUCUGGAGGAGGAGCGAGCCGCUCACGAGGCCGAGUUGGCGAGGCAGGCGCGCAAUGAGAAGGAGCUAGAGGAGCGCAAGAAGCUCGAGGAGACCAAGGAGGAGGAGCGCAUCCUCGGAGACAUGGUCCAGGAAGAGCUGAAACGGCAAAGAACAAAGGCCAGGGAGUCGAGGAAAAAGAACAGAAGCCAACUUCUCUCGCCCGACCGCUCCGCUCAAGAUCUCGCCGAGACUGACGUCGCCCUCGUCUUUGACCAGCCCUGCAAGUUAACCGACGGAACGGGUGAUGUCCUGCUCUUUCAGACCGUCAUCGGAAGGACCGUGUACCGCGAAGGACCCGUCACUACGGUAUACAAGGUGAAGCCUGUCCUGUCUGCGGGAACCCUCCGCCCUAGCCUUGCUUUGAAGCAGGUCGAGCUGAAGUGCCACGGUAAAGACUCCGUUCAAUUCAAAAAGCAACUCCAAUCGUUGGAGGUGCAGUUCGAAUCGCUCAAGAAGCUGCGCCAUCAGAACCUCCUGGAGCUCAUCGAUUUUAAGAUUGACCGCUGCAUCAGCGAGACGGACUCGUCUUCGCCAGCGGUCUGGAGCAUUGGCGUCCUGAUCCCCCUCUCGGACAAGGGCCCUCUCGACGAACUCCUGGACCUGGCCGGUCAGAUCGAUAUCAACAAGGCCAAGAUAUGGACCGCUGAUCUUUUGGAUGGGCUGGCAUUCUUGCAUAACAAUGGAAUCAUCCACCAGGACAUACACCCUGGUAACAUUCUCCUCUGUCGCGAACCGGCUGGCGAUGUUGUUCCCAAGCUUGCCGACGCCGGCUACCAGAGAGAACUCCACAACAUCUGCACCAAGGUAGCCACGCUGACUACCACGAGAGGAGCAAAGUCGGCGUACUGGUUCCCGCCAGAAAUUGCAGGCGUGUCGAAACCGCAGUACACCCAGAAGACAGACGUGUGGGACUUCGGCAUCGUCGUCUUGCAGAUGCUCUUCGGUCUGGACGUCCCGAACAAGUACCAUUCUCCGUCGGCGCUUAUGGAGUCGCUCUCACUUUCUGAUCCGCUCGAGGAGCUCGUCGCCAAGUUCUUCAAGCCUGAUCCCAAGAGGCGACCUCGAGCAUUUGAGUUGUGCUCCAGCGAGUUCCUGGCGACCAACGCCCCUAUCCUGGCCGAAAACGACUCGGCUGUUCUGGGCGGGUCUAUGACCUCUCUUCCCCAAGGUCUGCCGCGGAGGCCUCGCCAUGAUUCUAUGAAUCGCAGGGUCGCCACUUCAAGAUAUCUGCAGGACUAUGUCGAAGAGGCUCGCCUGGGCAAGGGUGGCUUUGGAGAGGUGGUCAGAGCCCGCAAAAUGAUCGAUGGCCGCCUCUAUGCCAUCAAGAAGAUCACACAGCGCUCCCAGGAGACACUGUCAGAAAUGCUCAAGGAAGUCAGACUACUAUCGCAGAUGAACCACCCCGCAGUCGUACGGUACUACAACACCUGGCUCGAGGAGAUCCCUGAUUUCUCGGACACGGAGGGUGAUGCAUCGACAGAAGGUGCUGCCACCGAGACCUCGCAAGGGACGAUUUCUCGGAGUAUGAACAUCGAAUUCGCCGAGAGCAAGAGCAGGGGCUUGGAUUUCAUGUCGUCGAGCGGGCAUCCCUAUAUCGAGUUCGGAUAUGAGUCGGCGAUCGAUGAUGACGAAGAUGAGGACGAGAAUGACGACGGCGCGUCGACGUCCGACGAAGACACGUCGACCCUGAAUAGCAAGGCUCCGAAAGACCAGCUCGUCGUCCCGGCCAGGCCCGUAAGGAGGCCAAGCAGUCGCCCAUUCCGGACCAUCAUGUACAUUUCCAUGGAGUACUGUGAGAAGCGAACCCUCCGCGAUCUGAUAUCCCGGAACCUGUGCAGGGAGACGCAGGAAAUCUGGCGCCUGUUCCGCCAGAUUCUCGAAGGGCUCGCUCACAUCCACAGCCUCAACAUCGUCCAUCGGGAUCUCAAGCCCGAGAACAUCUUCAUCAGCGCCGGUCCCGACGGGGUCGAAAAUGUCAAGAUUGGAGACUUUGGCCUGGCGACGAGCGGGCAACUGGCUAUUGACAAGACUGCGUCCAACGUGGACUCGAGUGAGAUGACCCGGAGCAUCGGCACUGCCGUCUAUGUGGCUCCGGAGGUGAGGACAGGAGGCAGCGGUUCCUACACUGCAAAGGUGGAUAUGUAUUCCCUUGGCGUAAUCUUGUUCGAGAUGUCAUACCCUCCAAUGCUGGGAAUGCAGCGGGCCCUUGUUCUCGAGCAAGUGCGACAGAAUCCGCCAGUGCUCCCGGCGGACUUUAAGCCCGCCGACAAGAAUCUUACAGGAAUCAUACUGUCCCUUCUGAACCAUAACCCCAAGGAGCGCCCUUCUAGUGUCGAGCUGCUGAAGAGCGGGAAGCUGCCGGUUCAGAUGGAGAGUGAGGCGAUACGACGGGCGAUUGCCGGGGUUGCUGACCCCAGCUCUCCCUACUUCGAGAAGAUGCUUAGCACGCUGUUCGCCCGCCAAAUCGAGCAGGCAAAGGACUAUGCUUGGGAUAUGUCCUCCUCGUCCCCGAGCCCGGCCGAUUUGAUGCGUCGAUACAUCGUGAAGGACACCCUUGUAUCGAUCUUCCGACGACAUGGUGCGGUUGAAGUCCCGACUGCAUGUCUCUACCCUCGAUCAUCGCACUACGGCCAGAACGCCGUCCAUCUGCUCGACAGGAACGGCACGGUCUUGCAGCUCCCUUUCGAUCUGGUGAUGGGCCACGCGCGCUCGCUCGCCAGGGUCACGAACGGGCAGGUACCCCAGCGUUCUUACUCCUUCGGGAACAUCUUUCGAGACCGCCAUGAUGGCGGACAGCCAGAUGUUUACGGAGAGGUCGACUUUGACAUCGUCACAACCGACGCCUUGGAUCUUGCUUUGAAAGAGGCAGAGGUCAUCAAGGUUCUAGACGAAAUUGUUGCCGCUUUCCCGACCACGUCUUCGACGCCGGUCUGCUUCCACCUUGGCCACUCAGACCUCCUGCAUUUGAUCUUCGAGUUUUGUGGCGUGGAGGUCGGCGCAAGGCAGGCCGCCGCCGAGGUCCUCAGCAAGCUCAACAUCCGGAAUUUCACAUGGCAGAAGGUUCGCAGCGAGCUCAGGUCGCCUUUAGUGGGCAUCUCGGCCACCAGCGUCGAUGAAUUGCAGAGAUUCGACUUUCGAGACUCUCCUAGCAAGGCCAUUGCGAAACUGAGAAACCUCUUUGAGGGGACUGACUACCACGAGAAGGUGUCCUCCACUUUGGCGCACCUUCGAGAAGUCUACGAGUAUACCAAAAAGUUCGGCGUGGGCUGCAAGGUCUACAUUGCGCCGCUCAGCAGCAUCAACGAGACAUUCUUCCGCGGAGGUAUUCUCUUUGCUUGCCUGUACGACAAAAAGGUCAAAGACGUUUUUGCGGCCGGUGGUCGCUACGAUGGGUUGAUCAAGGAGCAUCGACCCAGGAUCGGCAGUCGCUUCGAAGAGCGGCAUGCGGUGGGCUUUAGCUUGAACUGGGAGAAGCAGCUGGCGAAGCAAGUGCCCAAGACAACGGGCAAGGCCUUCCUCAAGAAGGCGGUCGAGGAGGAGGCGCAAGGGAUAUUUAGCACGAAACGGUGCGACGUGCUGGUUGCCAGCUUCGACCCGUCCGUCCUCCGCUCCUCGGGCAUCGAGCUCUUGCAGACCCUCUGGGCGCACGGAAUCAGCGCCGAGCUGGCGCGUGAUGCCCGCUCGCCCGAAGACUUGCUCUCCAGCUACCGCGACGAGUCGUACAGCUGGAUCGUGAUCAUCAAGCAAGACAACCUCCUCAAGAUCAAGACCAUGUGGCGGAAGGACGCGCCCGAUGCCGACAUCGCCGCCAAAGAACUUCUCAAUUGGCUCAAAUCCGAGAUCCGCGACCGCGAGUCCCGCUCGGGCAUGAGGCUCCGCAGCGCCGCGGGCGUGCCGCAUUCCGACUCGGCCAACGCCCUCCCGGCGGCUCCCAGUGGCGAGCAAGAGCAGCAGGAAGUGCACGUGCUCGUCGCCCAGACCAAGUCCAAGAAGUUCAACCGCCGCGCGGUGGUGGAGCAGGCGCAGGCCAGCGCGUCCCGGCUGGUGAAGUCGUUCCUCGAGGGCCCCAUCGCCGCCAUCGAGACGUCGGACGCCGUCAUGGACCUGAUCAAGGGGACCAGCCUGUCGGAUCCGGAGAGCUGGCGCAGGGUGGAGCACAGCGUCGGCACGGCCGAGAAGAAGUACGUCCGCGAGAUCCACGACAUGCUCAAGCAGUGGCGGUGGGAGUGGGAGGCCAAGGAGGGGCCCGGCAACGCCUUUGUGUACAACUUCCGGACCGGCAAGUGUGUCUACUAUGACCUGGGAGCUUAGGCGGCCCCGGCGUCGGCCGGGCCGUCCGCUUCCUCUUCGUCGUCGCGGAGAGAGCGGCGGUGGUCGGUUGGCUUGUGAGGAUCGCGGUGC